AUGAUUGAAAUUUUCAUCACAAUUCCAGUAUUUAUCGUAGAAGAGGAUAAAAUUGUACGAUUAAUUAUUGCACUACCGUUUAUCGGCGGUAAAAUUGCCGAUAAAAUCCACAUGUCAUUGUUGCAUUACUGUUUAGCGGCGGUAAAAUCCUACUAUCAUUGUUGCAUUAUACUGUUUAUCGGCGGUAAAACCCCACAUGUCAUUGUUGCAUUACUGUUUAGCGGCGAACCGAUACUUCUCAAUUGUGCGCAUAGCUAUUGUCGUCGAUGUGUGGUACAAUGUCAACAACCAGUUUGUCAUAAUACACCAACUACAUCAUUGCCACAUUCUCAUGGUAGUACAAUAUCCGGAACAGCACCAUUUACGCAUCUUCAUAAUACCACACCAUUAUCAUUACCAUCAAGCAGCGGUGCUAGUGAUACGAUCUCGUUAUGUAUUUCAGAUCAGGAUAUUGAAAGUGACAAACUAUCGGUUAUAUCAGAAACCGAUAGCGGAGUGGUCGUUUCCGGUAGGAAUUCUCGACCUCCAUCACUAAUCGGUUCAGCAGUUACACAUCCUUUUCCUUCCGGUUGUUUCGGAGGACAUCGUCUUCCGUCUAUUUUAACACCUUCCACAUCAGGAUGGAUUGUUACAUGUAAGGCAUGCCAUAAACCGACAAUUUUUCCGGACGAACAAACUGUCAUGUUAAUGCCUAUUAAUAAUGCUCUUGUCAAUGUUAUCAAAAGGUAUCAUUCAGGUAAUCUAUUAGUUCGAGAUAAGAGUGGUAGUAGCGAACAAAUCUAUAACUGCCAGCUAUGUGAUACAGAGGAACCAGCGAUAGCUAAUGUUUUCUGUGAACAAUGUGACAUUUACUAUUGUCAAUCAUGCCAAAAUUCAUUACAUCCAGCUCGUGGACCAUUGGCAUCCCACAAAUUGGUACCACCAUCUGCAAGAAGACCAUAUCGGACAACGAUCGGUUUGCCGAAAGAUUCGAAAUGUUUCAAUCAUCCAUGUGAAAGUCUUUCAAUGUACUGUAUGAUUUGUCGAUUAGCUGUCUGUUGCCAAUGCUUACAAGAAACGAAACAUUCCAGUCAUGAUGUGCAAAGUCUUGAGAAAAUUUGCAAAACGCAAAAGGUUUGGUUAAAUUUUACGAAAAAAGAAAAAUCAUUUGUCAUUUAG